AUGGCGGCUGAGGCCUUGAGGGCUCGGCGCGGCCCGUCUUCCUGCGGGCAGGUGGAGAGGCAAGCCCGAGCCCAGGCCACGGGGGAGGCCUUGUGCGCCCGGUGUGGAGGAAGGGCGCCCGGAGCUUUGGGUCACCAUCAUGAACUUCAGUGUGGACAUGCUUUUUGUGAACUGUGCUUGUUAGUAACUGAAGAAUACAGCACAAUUAUAUGCCCUGAUUGUGAGGUUGCUACAACUAUAAAUACAAAACAAGGAUACUGCCCAAUAGAUGGAUAUAUUAAAGAAGAGUCUUUUAUGGAAAAACUGCAGCCAAAAAAGAUAAAGAACUGUUCUCAGGACUUUAAAAAGACUGCUGGCCAGCUAACUGUUGGUUUAGAACAUUCAACCUUCACACGCGGGACUGUUCUGAACCCAUCAGCUGUAAUGGAGGAGACUAAAACUGUGGAAGAAAUUGAUGAAGCAUUGAAGAUAGCAGGCCAGAAUUUUGAAGAAUUAAGUAUUGCUGUAAAAAUGCUCGAACACAUACACAGUCAAACAAAAGAGGAAACAGUCAGUCUUAUAGAGGUUCUGGAGAAACAGUUUGAUCAGCUUUUUACUUCUCUUGAUUCCAGGAAAAAGAACCUGUGUGAAGAAGUAGUAAGAAAUACAGGUGAUUAUUUAUCAAAUGUAAUGAUGGCUAAGAGCUACAUUGAAGAGAAAAAAAAUGAUUUGGAUGCAGCUAUGAAGAUAGCAAGAGAAUUAAAAUCGGCACCUUCUCUAAGGACAUACUGUGACCUGAAUCAGAUUAUUCGGACUUUGAAGCUAACAUUUGAGAGUGAAUUGUCACAGGUUAGCUCUCUAAAACUAAGGAGCUCUCCCAAGUUGAACAUGAAUUGCAGUGAGAUCAUCUGUAUGUUCAACACUAUGGGAAAGAUUGAAUUUGAAGACUCAACAAAAUGUGAUCCUCAAGAAAAUGAAAUUGGACAGAAUGUUCUAAAGAACAAUAAUCAUAAAAAGGAAUUUGCUUGUAGUCGUACACAACCAUCACUAAAAAAGAAAAAGUUUGACAUUUCUGUCCUAACUAAUGAAGCCCCACCAACUCCUUUGCGAUGGGAAACCAAUAAUGUGCAUUUAGAAUCAAAAAACUUCCAGCCACAGAAAGAGGUUGUUGCAACAACAUCCCCUAAAACCACUGCUGCUCUACCUCAGAUGGGAUCCAGCCCUGAUGUGAUCAUUGAAGAAAUUAUUGAAGAAAACCUGGAAAGUUCUCCAGAGCUAGUUUUUGUAAGCCAUGUAAUACAUCCUUGCCACUUCUAUGUUCGGAAGUAUUCACAAAUAAAAGAUGCAACAGUAUUGGAAAAGAAGGUGAAUCAGUUUUGCAAUACGAGUUUACACCUUGGUCCUUCAGACAUUUUGGAGCUAGGUGCAAGAAUAUUUGUCAACAGUAUUGAAAAUGGAAUGUGGUGUCGAGGAACUAUUACUGAAUUAAUUCCAAUAGGAAGUGAAAAUAUCAGAAGACGUAGUCCAACCAAAUACUUAGUCCAUGAAGUUGCACUGAUACAAAUAUUCAUGGUAGAUUUUGGAAAUUCUGAAGUCCUGGUUGUCACAGGAGUUGGUGAUACUCAUGUGAGAUCAGAACACACUGCUAAGCAACAUGUAGUACUAAAUGACUUAUGUCUAGUUCUGAGGAAGUCUGAACCAUACGUGGAAGAGCUGCUGAAAGACAUGCACCCAUUAGCACUGCCAUGUUCAUUGAAAGACAUUGUUCCACAGAAUUCAAAUGAAGGCUGGGGAGAAGAAGCUAAAGUAGAAUUUUUGAAAAUGGUAAAUAAGAAGGCUGUUUUAAUGAAAGUUUUUAAAAAAGAAGAUGGUGUGCUCAUUGUAGAUCUACAGAAACCACCAACAAAUAAAAUAAGCAGUGAUAUGCCCGUGUCUCUUAGAGAUGCCUUAGUUUUUAUGGAACUAGCAAGGUUUAGGUCACAGUCACCAAGAAGUCACUCUGAAAAAAAUAUGACUUUACACUAUCAUCCACCUGUUUUGCCUAAAGAAAUGACAGAUGUUUCAGUUAUGGUUUGUCAUAUAAAUAGUCCUACUGAUUUCUAUCUUCAGCUGAUAGAGAGCCUGGAUUUUUUAUUUAUAUUAAGGACAAUUGAGGAAUUCUAUAAAAGUGAAGAUGGGGAGAAUCUGGAAAUCCUCUGUCCAGUUCAAGAUCAAGCCUGUGUAGCUAAGUUUGAAGAUGGAGUUUGGUACCGAGCAAAAGUUAUUGGAUUGCCUGGACAUCGUGAAGUUGAAGUUAAAUACGUGGACUUUGGCAAUACAGCAAAAGUAACGCUUAAAGAAAUGCGUAAAAUAAAGGAUGAGUUUCUACAUCCUGCAGAGAAGGCAAUUAAAUGUAAGCUGGCCUAUAUUGAACCAUGUAAAAGGACAAUGCAGUGGUCAAAAAAAGCUAAAGAAAAAUUUGAAGAAAAAACGCAAGAUAAGUUUAUGACAUGUUCAGUCAUUAAAAUUCUGGAAGAUAAUGUGCUCUUGGUUGAGCUUUUUGAUUCUCUCGGUGCUCCUGGAACGAUGCCUACUAGUAUUAAUGACCAGCUAGUCAAAGAGGGCCUAGCAUCUUACGAAGCAGGAUAUACCCUCAAAGAUAAUUCCAAAAAGCAUAUUGAAGUAUGGGAUCCUUCUCCAGAAGAAAUUAUUUCAAAUGAAGUAAACAGCUUAAAUCCUGUAUUUGCAAAAUCUCUACCUAAUGAGAAUCUCCAGUCACUUUAUAAUAAGGAACUGCCUGUGCAUAUCUGUAAUGUAAUAUCUCCUGAGAAGAUUUAUGUUCAGUGGUUGUUAACAGAAAACUUACUUAAUAGUUUAGGAGAAAAGAUGUUUGCUGUUUAUGAAAACUCAAAAUGGGAACCUAUAAAAUGGGAAAAUGAUAUGCACUGUGCUGUUAAGAUCCCAGAUAAAAAUCAGUGGCGAAGAGGUCAGAUCAUCAGAGUGAUUACAGACACACUGGUAAAGGUCUUGCUGUAUGACGUGGGUGUUGAACUAGUAGUGAAUACUAACUGUUUAAGAGAACUUCAAGAAAACCUAAAGACAAUGGGAAGAUUAUCUUUGGAGUGCUCUCUUGUUGAUAUAAGACCAACUGGUGGGAGUGACAAGUGGACAGCAACAGCCUGUGACUGUCUCUCAUUGUACCUGACUGGAGCCAUGGCAACCAUCAUCGUACAGGAAAACAAAACAACAUGGCCAUUACCUGUGAAAAUUUUCUGCAGAGAUGAAAAAGGAGAGCGUAUUGAUGUUUCUAAAUAUUUGAUUAAAAAGGGUUUGGCUUUGAGAGAAAGGAGAAUUAACAAAUUGGAUAACAGCCAUUCAUUAUCCCAGAAAUCUCUGGAAACCCCCCUGGAACAAGAUGAGUCAGCAGUUACCAAGUGUAUUAAAAUUAACUGUGACCCUGACAAAAAAGCAGCUGAUACUGUCAGUGAGCACAAGGUGUCUGAAUUUAAGGAGAAAAUUCUAGAACCAAGGACUGCUGGAUCCUACAGACCACCAGCUAUCCCUACCCAGAAAGUAUUUGAGGCCAUAGUCAGCUGCAUUGGUGACGAUGGCACUGUGUUUGUGGUACCUAAGUCAUCAGAACCAGAACUAAUGAAAAUGAUGAAUGAAAUUCAGAGUAAUUUAAAAUGCCUUGGUCUUUUGGAGUCUUAUUUCUGGAAGAAGGGAGAAGCCUGUGCAGUAAGGGGAUCAGAUACGCUGUGGUAUCGAGGCAGGGUGGUGGAGGUCGUUGGCGGCACUAUCCGGGUGCAGUAUUUAGAUCACGGAUUCACAGAGAAGAUUCCGCAGUGUCAUCUUUACCCUGUUUUGCUGUGUCCUGAUAGACCCCAGUUUUGUAUUCCGUGUCAGCUCUGUAAUACCAUACCUGUUGGGAAUGUCUGGCAACCAGAUGCGAUAGAACUUCUUCAGGAACUGCUUUCAAAGAGAGAGGUGGAAAUUCACAUCAUGGAAUUACCUGAAAGUCCAUGGGAGAAAUUAUCUGUUCAGCUCUAUUUUGAUGGAAUGUCACUUUCUUAUUUUAUGGCACAUCAUAAAUAUUGUACUUUUGAACAUUCUGAGGAAAUACUGAAGGAAAAACCAACAGAUUACAAUAAAAAGUAUGAAGAAGAGAGAUGGAAAGUAACGUUUGAGGAGUUGCUUUUGUCUGAAACAGAGACCCCUCUUCUACCACCGUACUCGCCUUCCUGUCUGCCUCCCCCGGAGGAGCUCUACGCUGUCCAAGUCAAGCACGUUGUCUCUCCCAGUGAAGUGUAUAUUUGCCUUGAUUCUGUAGAAAAUUGCACUCUGUGUAACCAGCAUAGCGACACAGAGGACAGUGGAGUCGCCUGGGAGUCUGAGUCUGAGGGCCUGACUGAAGCCCUGCGGAGGGUCAACAAGAACGUGGAGACAUUCCCGCCUCUGACGGACUUCCGGACAGAAAUGCCUUGCCUUGCAGAAUAUGAUGAUGGCUUAUGGUACAGAGCAAAGAUUGUUUCCAUUAAGGAGUUUAAUCCUCUAGCUGUCCUGGUACAAUUUGUUGAUUAUGGAUCAACUGAAAAGCUGACAAUAAACAGACUGCGUCAAAUUCCUCUUCACCUGCUGCAGUAUCCAGCCCGAGCCAUAAAGGUCCUCUUGGCAGGGUUCAGACCUCCCCUAAGAGAUGAAGGAAAGACAAGGAUUCCAUACUGUCCCAGGUGGAGCAUGGAAGCCCUGUGGGCCAUGAUAGACUGCCUUCAAGGAAAACAGCUGUACGCUUCUUCCGUGGCUCAGGCACCAGAACAGACAGUGACGUUAUAUGAGGAUGAACAGUAUCCGGUCCACAUGUCACUAGUGGAGAUGGGGCUCGCAGACCGAGAUGAGUGACGCACACAGUGCAGAGCGUCCACAGCAGCCCAGAAGAAAGUUUUCUGUUUUCUGUAGACCAUUUCAGGUCUGUUUUGCUUUGUUCUGCAAUA